CUCUGUUUUUCCUCAUUAUGGAAACUCUCCUGAGGAGCUGGCGGUGGAAUGAGGCACUGAUCAGGCACUGAUGGCAAACACCUGUACAGUAUGUUUUGAUUGACUUAUAGCAAACAAUUACUGUGUGUUUGAGAAUUUAUUGGCAAAGACAAACCUUUAACAAUCACUCAGUUGCUUUGAUUACAGCAACUGUUAUAAUUUAAUCCCAUAUAUGUGGUUAUCUCUGAUGUUUGGAAAAUCAGCAUUUGUUACUUUAUUCAUUCAGACAUCAUUUAAUCUAUUCCGAAUUAUAGAUCUGCUGUAAAUUAACUUCACUCUUUCAGCUAGAGAUGAUUUUGAUGUUUCAGUAAACACUGAAAACGGUUCUGGUUCAAAGAAAUGUUGCCCAGAUGUGAGAUAAAGAUCCAUCCAGAUAAAAUUGACAGCCGGCUGGGGUCAGUCAAGGUCCAGAUCAGAACAGGACUGAGCCAGCUAUUUUCUGAUAUUAAAAAGCACUACCUGGCCUCCUGGAUUAAAGACAACAUCCAGAAGGAGGAGUGCUGCUUCUAUGUCCAAGGUGACAGGGAGGGGGUCUGUAUGUGUGGCUACCUGAAGAUUCACCAUGUUGAUGACUCUAUUAAACCUGAGAGCAACCAGGCUGUAACAUGGGACAGACACAACCAUGUACGGCAGGUUCCCACUGAUGCUUUUGGAGACAUCAGCUUUGGUGGUUUGGGACAGAAGACUGGCAAGUAUGUGCGAGUCUCUUCAGACACUAAACCAGAAGUCCUGUACCAGCUCCUGACAGAACAUUGGAAGCUCCCUCCUCCCAACCUGAUCAUCUCAGUCACCGGGGGGGCCAAAAACUUUUACAUGAAACCUCAGCUGAAGGCCCAGUUCCGCCGGGGCCUCAUCAAAGUGGCUCAGACAACAGGGGCCUGGAUCAUCACAGGUGGGACUCACACAGGAGUGAUGAAGCACACUGGUCAAGCGGUGAGGGACUACAUCCUCAGCAACAACUCAACAGAGGGGCAGAUAGUGACCAUUGGAAUUGCAACCUGGGGAGUCAUUCACAACAGAAAACCUCUGGUACACCCUCAGGGGCGGUUCCCGGCUUACUACUCCCAAGAUGUUCAGACCCAGGGCCACAUGUCCUGUCUGGACAACAACCACUCCCACUUCCUGUUGGUGGAUGAUGGGACAAAUGGACGCUACGGUGUUGAGAUAGAACUACGCUCACGACUGGAAAGACUAAUUUCCCAGCAGCCACUGGGAAACAAAGAAAGUGGAGUCAGGAUUCCAGUUGUGUGUGUGGUGUUGGAGGGAGGACCAGGCACUCUAAAUACAAUCUACAUGGCCAUGCUGAAUGGGACCCCCUGUGUUGUCUUGGAGGGGUCAGGUCGUCUGGCUGACGUCAUCGCUCAUGUGGCUGGUUUUCCUGUUGCCAAGGUUACCCUGUCCCUCAUCCACCAGCUAUUGAAGAGGUUCUUUUGUCAGGAGUAUGCUUCCUUCACUGAGCUUAUGGUCAUAGAAUGGACCAAGAAGAUUCAGGACAUGAUCCAGAUGUCUCAGCUACUGACAGUGUUCCGUAUCAGUGAAGAUGACCACGGAGAUGUUGAUGUGGCUAUUCUCCAGGCGCUGCUUAAAGCCAAUAGGAGCAGUGGGUCUGAGGGGAGGGAGAGCUGGGAGAGACAGCUGGAGCUUGCAGUAGCCUGGAACAGAGUGGACAUUGCUAAGAGUGACAUCUUCACCGAAGAGAGCCAAUGGAAGUCCAGUGACCUUCACGAGGCGAUGUUCUCUGCCCUGUUGGGCAACAAGCACCAGUUUGUCCGGCUGUUCCUAGAGAAUGGGGUGUGUCUGAGACAAUUCCUGCAAGAGGACACUACUCUCUGUCACCUCUACACCCAUCUCCCCACCUCCUGCUUUUUUCUGCGGCUCCUGGUCAAGCGCAUCCAGACUGAGAGGACUGCUGCUCCGUUGAAUAUCAGUCUCCGUCUUGUCUCAGAUGAAAUACGCCACCUUCUGGGCAGUUUUACCCAGCCCCUCUACCCACUGCCUGGCCUAGCAAUUAGCUACCUCAAGGAGGAUGUUUCAGUCAAUCUGCAAUCAAAAGUCCCACUGAAGCAGCAGUUCUCAUCAGUCCCAGGUCUAGGACCAGACAGGGGAGGAGCAUCUCACAGGGACCCAGUCAGAGAUCUUUUCCUUUGGGCCAUCCUGCAAAACAAGAAGGAGCUGGCUGAGAUUGCCUGGGAACAGUGCCUGGAUUGUAUGUCAGCAGCUCUGGCAGCCAGUAAGAUCCUGAAGAAGCUUGCUGAGGAAGAUGAGGAAGAGGAUGAUGAGGCUAAGGAGAUGAGAGAACUGGCCAACUAUUAUGAGAGACACGCCAUCGGUGUAUUCUCUGAGUGCCAUAGCUGUGAUGAGGACCGUGCCCGGAGGAUGCUGAUACGAUCCUCUCCAUCCUGGGGUCACACUACCUGUCUGAGGUUGGCUCUGGAGGCAAACGAUAAGAGCUUCAUUGCUCACUCUGGAGUUCAGACCCUCCUCACCCAGAUAUGGUGUGGUGAGCUGGCAGUGGACAAUCCUCUGUGGAGAGUUCUGCUCUGCAUGGUGUUCUUCCCCCUAACCUACAUUGGCUUUCUGAGAUACAGACAUGAUGACUGCCUCCAGAAAGAGCUAGAGAGGAGUGAGGAGCAGAUCACUGUGGAAUCGGUGACAGGAUGUCGGGCCAGAAUCAGGAGGAAGUCUCCUGUACGUGAUCCCCUCACCAGGACCCCCCCGGGUCUGAAGCCUCUAAACUGUUCCAUGCGGCUGGUCAGCCUGUUCACCUCUCCUCAGGUGAAGUUCUAUUGGAACAUUGUUUUCUACUUUGGUUUCCUGUUGCUGUUCUCUGUGGUGCUGAUGAUUGACUUCCAGACCACGCCCUCUUGGAGGGAGUGCCUUCUCUAUGUAUGGAUCUUCUCACUGGUCUGUGAAGAAAUCCGUCAGUUGUUCCAUGACCCUGAUGGCUUUCCGUUCAAUAAGAAGGCUAAGAUGUACAUCAAAGACAUGUGGAACAUUCUAGAUGUUCUGUCCAUCCUACUCUUCAUCAUCGGGCUGGUUUUCAGACUGGCCAUGUCACUGGUUCUCUCUUGCAGACUGACCAUCUCACUGGUUAUCUGUUGCAGACUGACCAUCUCACUGGUUAUCUAUUGCAGACUGACCACCUCACUGUUCUACGCAGGGAAGGUCAUCCUGUGCAUUGACUUUAUAAUCUUCUGUCUUCGUCUCAUGGCCAUCUUCAUUGUCAGUAAAACCUUAGGGCCCAAGAUCAUCAUCGUCAAGAGAAUGAUACUGGAUAUGUUCUUCUUCUUGUUCCUGUUGAGUAUCUGGGUGUUAGCGUUCGGUGUGGCUAAGCAGGGCAUCCUCAUCAACAAUGAGGACAGACUCAACUGGAUCGUCAGAGGAGCCGUUUAUGAACCCUACCUCAUUAUCUUUGGAAAUAUGCCCUCUGACAUUGACACCACCCAGUUUGACAUCAGUGCCUGCACUGUGAAUGGGACUGACCCUCUGAAGCCUAAAUGUCCUGUACUGAACGAGGACCAGAGGCCAGCGUUCCCAGAAUGGCUGACUAUCAUCCUGCUGUGUGUCUACCUGCUGUUUGCCAACAUACUACUGCUUAAUCUACUCAUUGCCAUCUUCAACUAUACUUUCCAGGAAGUUCAGGACAACACAGACAACAUCUGGAAGUUCCAGAGGUACGAGCUGAUCAAGGAGUACUACAGUCGGCCUGCCCUCCCACCUCCCUUCAUCCUCCUCUCCCACAUCUACAUCUUCAUCAGGCGCUUGGUGCUACGAAAGCCUCUCCAGGGUCACCAGACCUUCAAGGAGGAGCUGUCUAAAGAGGAGGAGGAGGAGUUGUUAUCCUGGGAGUCCUUUAUGAAGGACAACUACCUACAGUCCACCAGACAGCAGCACAGCCAGGACAUGGAUCAGCGCCUCUCAGAAACUGCUGACAAGGUUGACAUCAUGACAGAGAUGCUACAGAGGGAGAACAACCUGAAUGGAACUGUUGCCAUGGGAAAGAGAAUAACCAGACUGGAGGAUCAGGUCUCCCAGUCAGCUGAAGCUCUCCAGUGGAUCAUGGAUGCUCUCAAGUCCCAGGGUUUCAACGCUAUAAUUGACGCCCCACAGCUGGCAUCACCAGGUAAACAUUGCAAAGAUGAAUCUGCAGAUCCAAAGACAAAGGAAGUGGAGAAAAAAAGUUACCAUGUCAAUGCCCGGCGCCUGGUCUACCCUGGCAGUAACAUCACUCGCUUCCCUGUUCCUGAGGAGAAGGUGCCCUGGGAGGUUGAGUUCAGCCUUUACAGUCCUCCUGUUCUGAAUGAAGAUGGACAGGUGCAGAGUGAUAGAAACCCUCAGGGCAGGACUGGAAUGAGGGGAAGAGGAUCACUGUGCUGUCUGGGUCCCAACCACAUCCUGGAGCUGGUUCUCACACGCUGGAGAGAUACUGAGGGAUCUGUCCUGGAGUUCCUGUCUGUCUGGAACCGAGAAGAGAGUCUGUGGGAACUACCUGGGGGUCUUGUCCAAUCAGACGAGCCCCUGUCCGACAGAUUACAGAGUAUUUUUGGACAGAGAAUUUACAACAGGAUAAAAGCCAAAGUGGUGGAAGGAUCAAAGGUCUAUGAGGGCUAUGUAGACGACAUCAGAAACACAGACAGUGCCUGGUUGGAAACGACAGUCCUCAACAUUCACCUGGACAGAACAGAUCACCAAUUGGCUGAUAUCAACCGCAUGACUGUCAGUUCUUUAGGCUGUGAUGAGGUGGUCCAGUGGUUGGAGGUGAACACCAGCACCAGGAUGAGUUCGUACCAGAAAGACUCUUUGAGACGUGUGGCUGAGCUGCACCUGUGGAACAUGUAGCCACCGUAGGAUUUUCUAGAUGGACCACAGGAACAUGUAGCCACCGUAGGAUCUUCUAGAUGGACCACAGGAACAUGUAGCCACCAUAGGAUCUUCUAGAUGGACCACAGGAACAUGUAGCCACCAUAGGAUCUUCUAGAUGGACCACAGGAACAUGUAGCCACCAUCGGAUCUUCUAGAUGGACCACAGGAACAUGUAGCCACCCAGGCAAUUUCUAGGUUGUCUGAAGAGGGACUCUGCAUCUGGAUAUCUGACUGCAGGAGGAGACACAAUAGCUUUGGGACAGAUGCUAGGGAUCCAUGUUUAUGUUGUUAAAAAGAUAAUAAAUAGAAGAUGACUCCACACACUGAUGCACGACCAAAGGAUGGGUUACUGUAAGAACAUGUAGUCAGGAUACACAUCACCUUACUUUCGAGUAUAUACCCUGUACUGUUCAGAUACAUGGAAUCACAACUUGAAAAGAGACACAGAAUGUCUUUCAAAUGUUGUUUACUGAUGUGAAAUAAAAUCCUUAACUGUGAGAUACUCAACUGUAUGUAUGUGAUUGGACUUGAUAGUACGUAAUAUUUUGUCAGUGGUAUACUGGAAGUUAAAUUGAAAAGUGGGUAAUAAAAUAAUUGAGUGAGCAUGCAAACAGCAUGACCACUAGCCUUGUUAUGGUAAUUUUGAACUAAGGUACAUUUGAGAAAUGUCUGUCUUUCCAUUUGGCUGAUAUGUAGAUCUUUACU